AUGCCCCAAAGCGCCCAUUACGCACCACGAUGCCCUUCGACAACGAGUAGAAGUCGUCGGACACCCAGCCAUCACCAGGCCUCCUGGACGGUAUACCGAACCUAUCAAGCACUGCUGGAACUACCAAAUGCGUCGAAAUCCAAAUGUACAUCACCAGAGCAUCAAAAUGUGUCCCAGACGAUGCGCCGAAGUCACAUAUCAACCUGGGAAGUGUCUGGACAAUGCCCCGGAACCAACCUAGCACCCCCGAACCCACCCCUAAACCCGCCUCUCCUAGACAGCCACCAAUCUCCAGAACCGCAACCGUCGACAAAGGGGUUGCACUCCCGCUCGUGCAUCUCCACGUAUGAGCUAGCAGUCGUCGUGCAUGUUGCAUCAGUCAAUUCUCCGUUCAGCUGCGAGUCGAUGCAUAUACCUAGUCGCAGCGGAGAGGUUGCCGUCAUCGAGAUAUCCGAGGGCGAAGUUCGCAAUCCCAAAACCCACGAUGAGCAUCAGCAGCACGAUCGAGGUUCACGAUGCUCUGGAUCGCGAUUUGCUCACGCACAAGGCGCUGCACCACUCCAAUCGACCAACCGGAUCACAAUACGAGCUCUGGGGAUGCCGGGGAUACCGGAAUUGAGAUGUGCAUGCGCGUGGUUGGAUUGUGAAUCGGUAUCGCGCAUCGAGUGCAGCCAGGCAGUCACCAGGGAAUCGCCAGGGGACUCAUCGACCGCCAACCAGCCUGGAAAUAGGGCAAACACAGGGAACGAUCAGUGGGCGAAUCCUCCUGUCAACGAUUUUGCGGCAAAAACGGCUCUCCUCUACUCGGUACAGGAGAACAGAAUCGCCACCAGAAAUCCCGACAGGACAUCCGUUUCUCCUGUCAGGCCAUAA